AUGAGCCUCUACGACUCCGAGGACGACAUCAGCGUCCGCGUCGCUCGCCACGACCGCUCCCCGCCCGCUGUGCGCUACGUCUCCAGCCCGCCGGUGCGGGGACCUGUGUACGAGUACGGCACCACGCCCAGCUAUCUUGGCCCUGAGCAGCGCACCACCGUCCUCGCCGCACACCUGCGCAACCGAUCGCCUCCCCGUGAUCCUCGUGAUCCCCGUGAUUUUCGCGAGAGCCCUCGCAACAGCCGCACGGCCGUCGGAGCUGGAGCUGGAGCUGGAGCUGGGGCGCCGGUGCCGCCUCCUCCCGCGCCGGCCCCCGCGCCCAUCAUCAUCAACAACCGCAUCUACAACGAGCACGACUCGGACGAGGAGGAUGAGUUCUACCGUCGCAGCCGCAGGCCAGCGGCAGUGCCCGUCGUCUAUCGCCGCUCCUCCAGGUCUCGCUCUCGAUCUCGGUCCCGGAGCUCCUCCCGGUCAUCACACGGGCCUCGUUCCGGAAAAAUGUCUCGAGAUGAGUGGGAAGCGGAGCAAGCACGCCGCGACCUUGAACUUAUGCGCAUCAGCCAGGAUCGUGAAAAAGAGGACCGACGUCGCGAGAAGGAAUAUCGUGAAGAGGCGGAGCUCCGCCUGACUCAGCGCCAGCUUGAAGUAAUCAAGAAACGUGAGGCAGAUGAAGAGGCAGAGAAGCGCAUCAAGAUGGAGAUUGAGUUUAAGCAAAAGGAACUCGAGUUUCAGCGACACAAAGAACGUGAGGCUGAAGAGGAGCAGCAGAAGCGCCUCAGGAUGGAGUUUGAAUUUAAGCAGAAAGAGCUUGAAUUUAAGCGACACAAAGACGCCGAAGCGGCCGCCGACGAGAAGCGAAAGCGUGAUAAAGAAUAUCGUGACGAGGCUGAGCUUCGCCAUGCCCAGCUUGCGCUCGAAGGCAUCAAGAAGCGUGAGGCAGAGGCAGAGUUGGAGAAGCGUAUCAAGAAGGAGAUGGAGUUGAAGCGCCUCAAGGAGGAGGAGGAAGCGGCUGAGGAGAAGCGACGGCGCGACGCCUUGGCUCACGACGCUGUGGAGAGAUAUAAGAAGGCCGAGGCCGACCGCAUUGCUCAUGAACAAAAGAUAAAAGAGCAAAAUGACAAGGAGUACAAGCGCCGCCUACACGACGAUCUCCUCAAGUCGGGCCUUGACGAACACGCUAUCGAGGCUAUCCUCAGCCAGAAGAAGGUGCAAAAGGCCCCGGCCCCGGCCCUGCCCCCGCCUCCGGGCAUGGCUCCGGGAAUGCCUCCCGGAAUGGCUCACCCCCCUGGCAACAUGGCAAUGGUGCCGGCUCUCCCAGCUCCGGAGCUUCAUAUGGAGCGCCACACCUACACGCGAAUGGCACGCAGGUACCUAUCGAUUGAGACGCUGCGCACUUUUAACAUUGAUUUUGAGUUUGACGCUGAUCCCGAGUAUGUCCUAGUCAAGCGCUGGGUCCCCGAAUGGGAGCAAGACCAAUUCUGGGAGCACACCAAGCAAGUCCGAGAGAGGCGAACCAGCAGGACCACCCUCAUGGUCGAAGACACCAGGCACUCGUCUCAUUCUCACCACCGAAGCAAGAGCACAGACGUUGAGAUUGUCCGCAAGAAGUCCAAGCACGACCGCAAGAGGAGCAAGUCUCCGGGACCGCUGCUUAUGUAUUUGGCAGGAGCUCGUCCGUCUUAA